GUUUUUUAGCUGGAGGAGAGUUGGAAUGUUCAGAAACAAAUGAAGGUUCUACAGAAGAAGCAAUCCCAGAUCGUGAAAGAGAAAGUUCACUUGCAGAGUGAACAUAACAAGGCUGUCUUGGCAAGAAGCAAGCUAGAGUCUCUCUGCAGGGAACUUCAGCGUUACAACAAGACAUUAAAGGAGGAAAAUAUGCAGCAGGCAAGAGAAGAGGAAGAAAGUCGUAAAAAAGCAACAUCACAUUUCCAGUUUACUUUAAAUGAAAUUCAAACACAGCUGGAACAACAUGACAUACACAACACCAAACUUCGUCAGGAGAACAUUGAACUCGGAGAGAAGCUGAAGAGGCUUAUUGAACAAUACACACUGAGAGAGGAGCGUAUUGAUAAAGUGCUCAAACGUAAGGAACUACAACAACAGCUUGUGGAUGCCAAGCUUCAGCAAACAACACAACUCAUAAAGGAAGCUGAUGAAAAACAUCAGAGAGAGAGAGAGUUUUUAUUAAAAGAAGCAACUGAAUCGAGGUACAAAUAUGAAGAAAUGAAACAUCAAGAAGUACAAUUAAAACAGCAGCUUUCUCUUUAUAUGGAUAAGUUUGAAGAAUUCCAGACUACCAUGGCAAAAAGCAAUGAGCUGUUUACAACCUUCAGGCAGGAAAUGGAAAAGAUGACAAAGAAAAUUAAGAAACUGGAAAAAGAAAUGAUAAUAUGGCGUACCAAAUGGGAAAGUAAUAAUAAAGUACUUCUGCAAAUGGCUGAAGAGAAAACUAUUCGUGAUAAAGAGUACAAGUCCUCUCAAAUGAAACUGGGACGGUUAGAGAAGCUGUUUAGAGCUCUUCAAAUGGAAAGAAAUGAGCUCAAUGAGAAGGUGGAAGUCCUGAAAGAGCAAGUCUCUAUAAAAGAAGCAGAUGUAGAUUUAGCAACAGCUGCGAUAAAGCCCUGUACUACUGUUGCUUUUCAGAAAGAGUUGAACACUUCCUCUAAAAGAACUCCAGGAAUCUACUUGCAGGAUGAAACCAAGGCAGCAAAUAAAACAAAACACAGUUCAAAAGACCCAUCCCACAUGAUCUCUUCUGGACAUUGAUUCAGUUUAUGAGAUUACUGAAUUCAGUUAAGACUGAUUACUGUAUUGAGAGAUAUAUUUUCUAUAUAACUUUUCUGAAGCAGCGAGUAUUGAUUUUCAGAUUAAAGUUUUAUUACAUUUUCUACCACUUCUGUAUUUUCUUGGAACUUCUGAACUAUACAAUACAUGAGGCUGCCUAGCGGUUUUGCAUUGUUUAAUGUAUACAUUUCCAGAGCUGUAUUGCAUAGCUGCCUUAUUUUCCCUUUAUUGGAAUAUGUGUUCAUUAUCUUGUCCUUUUAAUGUA